AUGAACCCUUUCUUUUUUCUGGGUUUUGGACAUUCUCAUCUAGUCUACUUCUGGAAUAGAAGUGUACCUUUCAACUCAACAAAUGAGACGUACUGCUACAGCACUGCCCGGGGCAGCACGGUGCUCCAAGGAGUAACUUUUGGUGGAAUCCCAACUGUCCUGCUGCUUGAUGUAACCUUCUUUUUUAUUUUAAUAUUACUGUUUUCCAUUAUAAGAAAGAGAUUCUGGGACUACGGUCGUGUUGCUCUGGUGUCAGAAGCUGAAAGUGAAUCAAGAUACAACCGAUUGUCAACAUCUUCAUCAGUACCAGAAGAUCUUGAAUAUGAUAGGGGGUUUUGUUCUUGGAUGACAGCUGCUUUUCGGAUGCACGAUGAUGAGAUUCAUGAGAGAUGUGGUGAAGAUGCCAUACAUUACCUUGCCUUCCAGCGUCACAUCAUCUGUUUGUUGAUUGCUGUCAGCAUUUUGUCUGUGUGUGUCAUAUUGCCUGUCAACCUAUCGGGUGAUCUACUUGAUAAAGAUCCCUAUAGUUUUGGAAGAACAACUAUAGUAAACUUACAAACUGGCAAUAAUCUUCUUUGGCUGCACACGGUUUUUGCUGUUGUUUACCUGAUUCUGACUGUUGUCUUCAUGAGACAUCACAUGAAGUAUGUCACAUAUAAAGAAGAAAACAUAGUUAAGUGCACAUUGUUUAUAACUGGUCUUCCAAAAAAUGCAAAAGAAGAGACAAUACAAGGCCAUUUCACUGCUGCCUACCCAACCUGCACUGUGCUGGAGGUCCAGCUGUGUUAUGACGUAGCCAAGCUUAUUCGUCUCUUCAAAAAAAGAAAACAGGCAGAAAAAAGCCUGACUUACUAUGAACACCUGCAUCAGAAGUAUGGCAAGCGGGUCCAAAUCAACCCUAAGCCAUGUGGUCAAUUCUGCUGUUGUGAAAUGAGGGGAUGCGAAAGGGAGGAUGCUGUAGAUUAUUAUACCAAAGUUAGAAAUGAACUGAUGGAAGAAUAUUCAAAAGAAGAACAAGCUGUUCAUAAUAACCCAUUGGGAAUGGCUUUUGUAACAUUUCAAGAGAAAUCCAUGGCAACCUAUAUCCUUAAGGACUUCAAUGCCUGCAAAUGUCAGAGUAUUAAGUGUAAAGGAGAACCCCAGCCAUCGUCCUACAGCAGGGAGCUGUGCAUAUCAAACUGGGAGGUUACAUAUGCUCCUUAUCCUGAGAAUAUUUGUUGGAAAAAUCUUUCAGUGCGUGGACUGAAAUGGUGGUUUAGAUGGGCUUGCAUUAAUUUGCUUCUUUUUAUUGUGCUGUUUUUCCUUACUACUCCUUCCAUAAUCAUCUCAACCAUGGACAAGUUCAAUGUCACUAAACCUAUUCACUACCUUAAUAAUCCCAUCGUCAGUCAGUUUUUCCCAACGCUCUUGCUCUGGUCCUUCUCAGCUUUGCUACCAACAAUUGUCUAUUACUCAACUUUGCUGGAGUCCCACUGGACAAAAUCUGCAGAGAACAGGAUAAUGAUGCAUAAAGUCUACAUAUUUUUGAUCUUCAUGGUAUUGAUUCUGCCCUCCCUUGGUCUGACCAGCCUUGAUUUUUUUUUCCGUUGGCUGUUUGACAGAGAAUCGUCUGAUUCUGCAGUUAGGCUGGAAUGUGUCUUUUUGCCUGACCAGGGGGCCUUCUUUGUGAACUAUGUGAUUGCCUCUGCUUUCAUUGGCAAUGGGAUGGAGCUGCUGCGCCUGCCUGGCCUCAUCCUUUACACCAUACGCAUGAUAAUGGCCAAGUCCACAGCAGAAAGGAAAAACAUUAAACAGCAACAAGCAUUUGAAUAUGAAUUUGGAGCAAUGUAUGCCUGGAUGUUGUGUGUGUUCACUGUCAUCAUGGCCUAUAGCAUUACGUGUCCCAUCAUUGUCCCUUUUGGUUUAAUAUAUAUACUCCUGAAGCACAUGGUUGACCGUUAUAACCUUUACUAUGCAUAUCUCCCUGCCAAGCUGGAGAAGAAGAUGCACUUUGCAGCUGUGAAUCAGGCCCUUGCAGCUCCAAUUCUCUGCCUUUUCUGGCUCUAUUUUUUCUCAUUUUUGCGGCUAGGCUUUAAAGCACCUACAACCAUGUUUACCUUCCUAGUUGUCAACAUCACAAUUGUUAUUUGCUUGGCUUAUACUUGUUUUGGCUGUUUCAAGUACCUGAGCCCGCUGAACUAUAAGGUAGAAGACAUGCAAGGUGAAAGAGGAAAUGACACAGAUGUACCAACCAUCCCAACAUCUUCUAUGUACGUCCCCCGAGUUUUGCACCCUCAUUCUACAGAAAGGACGAUGCUUGCCCAUAAGGAGCAGCAAUCAUAUGGCACCAUGGACAACACUAGUUCACAGGCAGAAGAAAUCAUGAGCUAUUCUGCUGGACCUGCAAUUAUUGAGCAGGCAUCGAGAGGUUCGCUUUGAAUGCCAAGGACUAACACAAGGUGGAGCACUUGGUCCAGGUUUAGGAGAGCUAACUCCCCACCACCACCUACUAAGUAUUCUGUUUUAUUUACAUAUUCCUGCCUACAGAAGAGGUACAGAAAUAAUGCAUUGUGUGGUCUGCAGCUGUGCUUGGAGAUUAAAAAGCAGAUGCCUUGGGACUGAUUGUUUUCCAGGCUGUCUACAUACAUUGUGAAACAAACACGUUGAGCACAGAGAUGCUGAUCCUCAGGGACUUCACUUACGCUAUCUCAUCACUUGCCUUAUGAAGAUAACUUAUGCUGCAUAUAGAUAACUGGUCACCAAAGUAAAUGCAGCUAUUACAGCUGUCAUUUAUUUAUUCAAAAUAAUUCUUGCUUUUUUUAAAAAUAAUUUAAAAAAACCCUUUAGUAUUUAUAAACCUCUUGGGAUGUGUUAAAUCCUGAGGCAAUGUCACUUUUGAUAAAAAUGCUGUUUGCAUGGGCGCUGAGGAUGGUGUAUGGGAGUCUCUCCUCUUGUCACCCAAAGUAGUCAGUGUAGACUUGACCAUGUUACUUUUUUUCCUUUAAAAGAGAUGAGGGAGUUACUGUGCACUUGGGUACUAAAAGUACCAAAGCAAAAAGACUGGUGUAAAGGAGGGAGUGAUUUAUCUGAUACUGUUUUUAUAUAUUUUUUGGAGGGCGUUUAGGCUGUUAGUUUCUGUUCACUAUUUUUAAGGGCCUUCCACAAUGAAAGUUCACCUGCCAACAAUAAAGGAUGUAAACAUUUUAUCUUUCUUUUAAUCUUGGGUCAAAAUGACAGAUCUCUGGGUUUUCUCUAUAGUGCCAAUUACGUGAGCUGUAAGAUACUAAAUUUUUAAAUUAUGUAGUAGGUGCUAAUUUAUUCCAAAGUACAUUGUGUCAAAGCGUAACUAAUAAUCACGAAGCAAUAAAACACCGAGUUCAG